AUGACUGGUACCUCAAGCUCACCUGGGCAUACGCCGAUUUGUGAGAGCCAAAGUGCUGAAAGGCCCGGAGCCAAGUUCCGCAGCUCCCGUCUGGAGGGUCAACCAUUGCGAUAUACCCUAGAAUCUAAAGACGACGACACCCCUGCAUCAUUACUCUUCCCCUUGUUUUAA